ACUCACUCACUCACUCAACUCACUCGUUCACACACACACGAUGGGCGGCAGCAGCUCGAAAGGCCGAGGUUUCUGGCCUUUCGCUUCGGGCUCCUCCGGCGGCGACUCCUCCUCCUCCGCGGCGGCGGCGGCGGCGAACGGCGGCAGCGAACACGGCCUCGCCCGCUUCCGGCUGUCCAGGCCGGGAGUUACUCCCUUCGUGUUCACCCGCAAGAGCUCCAUGUUCUUUGACGAAGAUGGUGACUUGGCUCACGAAUUCUACGAAGAAACAUUCUUCACAAAGAACGGAAGGAAAAAAGCAAAACUGAAAAGAAUCUCUAAAAAUUUAAUACCUCAGGGGAUGGUCAAAUUGGACCAUCCGCGAAUCCAUGUGGAUUUCCCAGUGGUCUUGUGCGAAGUCUGACCGGAAUGAAAUUUCCAUCAGAAGUGAGACGGACGGAUGCACUAUUGGUGACCAGCUAGACGCUGACCAUCCCUUAGUCCACCGGGUGCAAGAGUCAGGCCUAAUGAGCGUAUUGACACCUACGGUUCAUUUGCGUGUAGUUUUUUCCGCUACAGGCCAGAACUCAAGCCUCGUUCCCUCUAUAUCAAUGUUUAUAGAGUAAAAUCUGUUCAAAAUUUUACCUAAUUCAGUUAUGAGCCCAGUCGGUCACAAUACAGAAGAUGUAUGCUGUGAGAAACUCUUGUGUGUUUCAAGUACUUGUAUUAGAUUACUGUGACAAAUGUUUAAAGACACAUGUAAAUAGCAGCUCUUAAUAAUUUAAUGCAGUCAUCAGGGGUAUUUAAACUUAAUUUGACUUGUACAUAUAUUCACGCAUCCGCACAGUGUUCAGCAGUAAAUAUAAUGGCAUAUCUACGAGACAAUUGAUUAGUUUGUAAGGUUUUGUUAUUUAUGAAUGAUUUUCCCCCCUGUUCACCAUGUUAAUUAUUUUCUCAUUCAAUAUAAUAAAAAUUCCCAGUGAG